AUGAAGUACACCACCGCCAUCCUCGGCCUUACCGCCCUCGCGGCCGCCGCUCCAGCACCGGUCCCGGAGCCGAUGCCUCAGAAUGCGCCCUCAGGCCAUGAGAUCUCCAUCGAAGGCGUCACCUAUGGCGGCACAGGAUGCCCAGACAACACCGUCCAGGGUCUUCUCACUGAUGACAAGACCACCAUCACUCUGUCCUUCGACCAAUACCUUGUCCAAUCCGGCCCGAGCAUCCCCGCCAGCGACCGCCGCAAGUUCUGCCAGCUGCAGCUCAAGCUCAAGUACCCAGCGGGCUUCCAGUUCUCCGUCUUCGGCGUCGACUGGCGCGGCUACGCCAGCUUAGAAUCUGGCGUCACCGGAACCGCGCAGACGACAUACUACUUCUCUGGUCAGCAGAGCCAGACGGUCAUCAAAACCGACUACAAAGGCCCGUACGAAGACUCGUACCUCAAGCACGACGACGUCGACGCCGGCUCCACCGUGUGGUCGCCCUGCGGCGAGCAGGGCAUGCUGAACAUCAAGUCGGAAGUGCGCAUUGUGCCGAUGACGGCGAAGGGACUCAACCUGCUCACCGUGGACACGUUCGACGGCAAGUUCGUGCAGAAGUACUACAUGCAGUGGCAGAAGUGCGAUCCGAAGAAGGGCGGGACUGGCGGCACCGGCGGCACGCCGAUUGGACGCCCUGGCCCGGAUCCGUUUGAUAGUGGCAAUUUGGGGCGCGAGGUCGAUUUGAGUGGACGGUUGUAG